AUGGAGCAACCAGAGGGUUUUGUUGUUAAAGGAAAAGAAGAUUUUGUGUGCAAGUUUAAGAAGAGUCUUUAUGGGUUGAAGCAAGCUCUAAGACAGUGGUACAAGAAGUUUGAAUCUGUUAUGGAGAAAGCACCCUCCAAUAAAAUUGAAAUUGAUGUCAAGAAGGCCAGUGCACAACCUCCAUGGCAUAUUCCUUAUGAAAACUUGGAUGGGAUAGAUCAAGAAGUAAGUUCCCUUGGUGAUAAAGAUCAUGCAUCAAGUCCUCCUAGUGAUAAAUCUACAUCCGCAAAUGAACUCCUUGAAUAUGAAGACUCUUCUCUGAUUGAGUCUGAGAAUAAUGUGGGAGCGAAAAUCCUUAGAAAAGGGCGGACGGGAGUUGAGUACGCUUUGUCAAGAACGUUGGAAACUUCUCCACCUAGGUUGCCGUCUACUCCUUCACUUGAGUGGGUAAAACUUAUCUCUGUUCGUCUUCCUAUCCCACUUGAGUACGGUUUUCUUGAAACGAACGGCCAACUCAGGAAGCUUUGUGGCAUAAAGCGUAAGAGGAGACUGUUUAGUGGUUAG